AUGCGGCCGAUUCUGAUGAAAGGCCAUGAGAGGCCAUUAACAUACCUCAAGUACAACAAAGAUGGAGAUCUUUUAUUCUCCUGUGCUAAGGACAAAAACCCUACCGUUUGGUUUUCCGACAACGGCGAACGGCUCGGAACUUAUAACGGCCACAACGGCGCCGUUUGGUGCUGCGACGUCUGCAGGGACUCGUCUCUGUUGAUCACCUCGAGCGCCGAUUGGUCGGCGAAGUUGUGGUCGGUCCAAACAGGGGUCCCGGUUUUUACCUUCAACUUCGACUCGCCGGCUCGAUCCGUCGACUUUUCGACCGGGGAUAAGCUUGCUCUCAUAACAACCGAUCCGUUUUUUCGGUUGCCAUCUGCCAUCCAUGUUAAACGGAUAGCGCAGGACCCGAGUGAUCAGACCGGGGAAUCGGUUAUUAUAUUAGACGGUCGUCAUCAGGGUAGAAUUAACCGUGCGGUUUGGGGACCCUUGAACCGGACUAUCAUAAGCGCUGGCGAAGAUUGUGUAGUUCGUGUUUGGGAUACCGAGACCGGGCAGUUGAUCCGAGAGUCGGACCCGGAAACCGGUCACAAAGACAAAAUAACAUCACUGGAAAAAGCCAUUGAUGGUGGAAGUAACUUCAUUACCGGUUCGGUAGAUAAAUCUGCCAAGUUAUGGGAUAUAAGGACAUUGGAGCUUCUGAAGACGUACAGAACGGAACAACCGUUGAAUGCUGCCACAAUGUCGCCGCUUCUCGAUCAUGUUGUGCUCGGUGGCGGCCAGGAAGUGACGAGGGUUACAAACACCGAUCAUCGUGCCGGAAAGUUUGAGGCGAAAUUUUACGACAAGAUUCUUGAGGAAGAAAUUGGAGGUGUGAAAGGUCACUUUGGGCCAAUCAAUGCGUUGGCGUUCAAUCCCGACGGAAGAAGUUUUGCUAGUGGAGGUGAAGACGGAUAUGCGAGGCUACACCAUAUGGAUCAAGAUUAUUUCAACUCUAGAAAUAGGCUCUAG